AAUGGAUGCCAAGCAAGGAUGCAGGCUGAUUUGUCAGCUAGCCACCAGAUCAGUACCUGAAGCCAUCAAAUGUGUUCUCGACAGCAACAAGCACUUGCAGGUAGCAGAAAAAGCACCGGACCCCCCAGCAGGUGUACAGUGUGACGGAAGGAGCUGUCGAGGGAACAGAAGCGAAGGGGAAAGCGAACAUGUCCAUGUUUCCUGUGAAAAAAUGACCGCUUCACACUGACAUGAAGACAGUAUUAAUUUACCUGGACCUGCUAGCUCUGUUCGGCACAGUCUCAUCCACUCUUCCCAGCCCCACUGACGUCACCUUUACUUCUGUCAAUCUGAGGAAUCUGCUGCAGUGGUCUCCAGGAAAUGGCACACCUAACGACAUACUCUUCACAGUGCAAUACGCCAUCUAUGGGGACAGUGUCGAGGGCAGCAAAGGGAAACGGGUAAACUGGAGGACAGUCCGGCACUGUACGGAGAUUGUGCGCCACUGGUGUGAUCUGAGCAAUGAGACUGGGGAUUUGGAGCAAGGAUACCAUGCCAGGGUUCGAGCUGUCCACAGGAAAGCAUCCUCUAAAUGGGCCACUACACGUAGGAGAUUUGACCCCAAGUUAGACACUAUAUUUGGGCCUCCACUGGUUUCCAUAGACAUGGAGGACAACAAUGCCAUCAUCACCAUCAAGGGACCAAUGAGAUAUCAGCCCAACAACCAAACCCCAGCAGUCUCAAUGGCAACACUCUACACCCAGAUGUUUUACAAUGUCUCUGUCCGCAACAUCCGUCAGGGUCGUAUGAGCCAUUUCCCAGUCGUCUCUUCCCAGUGCAAGUAUCGUCUGAUGGAGCACGAUGCAGAGUACUGCUUCUCUGUCGAGACUAGAUUCCUCUACAUGCCAGUCCACUGCAAGCCUUCAGAAUGGCACUGCAUUAUUACGCCUCCAGACCCCUGGAUUGCUCAGCUGAGGUGGGUGGUUGUGGGUAUUGUUGUUCCAUCUGCGUGUAUGUGUUUGCUGGGGGUGGCUGGCUACCUUCUCUAUCAGUACCUGACAGGAAAAGGACAAAAGAGCCCAUACACACUGAACCCGCUGUCUUUUUAUCCAUGCCCUCUUAUGCCCUCCCCUGAGACGCCGCAAAAUAUUGUUCUCAUCACCGUCAUUGAUAAGAAACAAACACCAGACCCUGAAUCCUCCAAAAAACAGCCUCACAUUACAAACCCCUCAAUGGGAUAUGCACCCCAGGGGCAAGAACCACUUCAAGAGCCUGAGGAACUCUCAGACCAAUCAUCCAUCGACUAUGGAUUUGUCAGCAAAGCGUCUGAACCUGACAUUGGAGAUUUUGGACAAAGAGAGAGGAGACAUGAUGGAGGAGUAGAUGGAAAUAACCAGGAAAUUAUGAAACUAAUCCAGAAUAAUCCUCACGCUCCACAGCCAAAGUCCUCCCUUUCACAGAAGCCGACCUCCACAUUUUCAGAAACACACAUGCCGAUACGCACAGAGGUGAGCUCAAAAGCCAAUGCAUGUUUACAGGCAAAUUCAGUUUUAGUACGUCAGAGUCAAGCACCGUCAAUGGCUCUUCAGGGUCUAUCAGAGGUGGAGGAAGAGGAGGAUAGAGAGUUUUCUGGUUUGUUUAUGAGCAAAACUCCACAGACUAGCCUCUUCAGUAUUCCUUUACAGUCAAAAAAACAGGAAGGGACAGAAGAAAUGAUGGAACUAAGAACAGGUGGGAAGAGAGAUGAGGGCAAUGAGAGGGAACCCCUUCUUUCUGCAUAUGCAUCGCAGAACACCAUUAACAUUCCUACCUCCCAGUCUCACCAGUUAGAUUACCUGUCUGAUGACUAUGGUGUUCUGAGUCUGGCUGCUGCACACAAAACAGAGGCAGACAGUGAUGAUGAAGAUGAGGAGGGGGAGGGACCUAUUUGUAUUGAGUGGGAUCCCAGAACAGGGAAACUAGUGUUGCCAGAAAUAGAGAUGGUGUUCAAAAAUAAAGAUGGGUUGAUGCAGAAAGAGGAAGAGGUGGAGAUUGGAGGGGGAGAAGAGGAGGUGGUGGGUGUGGAGAAGGAGGUGUUGAAGUUGGAAAAUGUGUAUGUCAGACAAGGGUCUGAAGAGAAGGCUGAGGUACUGAGAGAGAUGGAGCAUGGUGGGGAACCAGGAUGGGAGGCUGAUGUUCUAAAGAGCAAAUGGAACCUGAUUGUAUCAAUGGAUCAGUAGAUGACAUUCAUCACUAAAUAUUUACCCCCUUUUAGUCCUCUUCUGCACUUAUGCUUUAUAUGAUAGAAAGUGAGUAACAUGGAAGUGUUUAAUACCAGAUUAGUUUUAUUUUAAAUCCUUGUGAUUAUAUGUAAUUCUUAGGGAGCACUUUGUACUACAGUAAGGUUUUUCUACAUGUGAUUGCUGCUACUUUGUUUUUCAUUAUAUUGUUCGUUUAUGGUUUACUUGAUUUAUGGUAAUCAAACUGAUAAAGUGUGAAGGAAAAACUGUCAUAAAGUUUAAAGUGUUCUCCUUAAUUUUUAACCAAAUGACCAUCAGUAGGUUAUUAAUCUGCUUAGUGUGUGACAUUAGUGUUUUAGAUGAAGUCAAGUGAUUAAACCUUCUUAAUAAUAAAAUGAUGUGUGAUAUAAUGGUCACAGCUAUGGGAGCACAAAACAGCCAUACAGCCACACAUUUUGUUUCACUCCAUUUUCCCAUUGUUUAUUUAGACAUUAACUUACUUGCAUCAUUAUCUUGACAUGAUGUUCUGUGAUAGUACAUAUCUGUGGGUGCUAGACUGGUUAUUUGAGAUGUUUCUGUUUUUUUGUUUUGUUAUGUUUUGGCGUGAUUUAGUUAGGCACUUAAACUUGUCUCAUGAGACAUUCAGGGCAGUAUUUCUUGUGGCUGGGCUCAAAGAUAUUGUAUUUACUGCCUCCAUUUUACCAGUACAGAAGCCCUAAGACAGGGGUCAUCAACUACAUUUGUAAAAGGGCCAGAUUUUGUUCUGACAGGCACUUUUGGGGCCAGACUUUCAAAUUAACUUAAAAUAGAAAAUAUAUUUUGGUCCAAAUAACAUAUAAUUGUAUUUAUAUUUGUAUUUUCUCUCAAAUUUAAUCAUUAACAGAGAGUUCAGUCUCUAUUGCCUAUGUGUAAUCAAAAUAUUUUAGCUACAUAUUUCUAGGACUGCCAUGUUCACUAUCACUAGGUUUGACGCUAAUAACUGAUUGGUAAAAAACACAGGGAGGAAACAAGUUGUUUGUUUUGAUUCUCAGGCAGAAAAAUCAUUCAUCUAAGAGCCUGAAGUGAAAAGUUGACACAGAAAACUGCAGAUUUAGUCAGGACUGGACGCACAAGCACGUGUUUAUUAUGCAUCAUAUUUAGAUAUAAUAGCUGACAGGUGUAAGCUUGAUAGCUAUUGGGUUUUAAAGCCAAAAGAUACCCUAAAAACCAAACCAUCUUUUUUUCUCCUCACAUGUUCUGAGUUUAAGUCUUUUGCGGGCCGGAUGGGGAACCUUGGGGGGGGGGCCUGAUAUGGCCCCUGGGCCACCGCUUUAUGAACCCUACCCUUAGAAGACAUGCAUUAUUAUCUUAAUGAGUAGGUUUUUAGUUGCCUUUCGAAAUAUUGAUUUACUUCUCUCAUUAUGUUGGGCCAACAACACUGCUUUCCCAUGCAGGGCCUCCAUACCCUAUCACCCACUUUUCUAUAUACCCACCAUUGAGAAAUGUAUUAUAUGAAUGAAGGAAAUAUUAACAGUAUGUGUUUUUGUGUCCUUAUGUAAUGAGGUUGAUGUAUAAACGUUUUACAUAGUAAAGAUGCCACACCUUUAGUUUAUCUUAAUGUUGUCAGUGCAUUCAUGUUUCAGUUCAAUGUUUUCAGGCUAGUGAGCACAUUUUAUGCCAUCUAACCUACAAAAAUAACUUCUUUAUUUGUUGAUAUGUAAGUAUGCUGCAUACUUUCUCAAAUAUCAUUUGUGGCAAGAAAAUGAGCAUUGCAAAGUGAAUGCUAUACCCCCACUUGUUUCAUAAGACUAUUACAUAAAUUUGACAUUAUGUAUCCCCUUUGUUAAUGCUGUUCCUCUGAAUAUUCUGCAUGUAUGAAGUCUAUUUAAAGAUGAAGGAGCCUGAUUACACUUUUCAUAUCUGCAUAACUCAUCAUCAUUGUACUGUCACUAGGAAUUUUAUGGCAUUAAGUCACGAUAGUAUUCUUCCUGUCAGCACAGAGAGGGUUAUAAAAGCCUCCUCUAUUGUUUUUCACAUUGAUGUUUUUACAUAACACAGGUAUCCGUAUUGGGAUGAUAAGUCUGACGCUAUGCAUGAAGUUCAGGAAAGUUUAUACUCUGUGAAAUCCAUUUGUGAUAGUUUUGUA